AAUUGGGUUAACAAAAUUAAGACGAGAAAUUAUGAAUGACCAAAAGUUCAAAAAAAUGCUUCAGUUCACUUCAUACUUUCUCAUAGUUAAAACGGAAACCAUGAUGCUCAUUGUGCUCAAUACAGUCAAUAGUGGGUUACCUCUCAACCGAAAUAUGCAAACAUUUCCCGCCAAAUUUUGCGCGUAAUAUCAUAAACCAACCCCAAACCACUGUUAAAAAACAAGGUUGGUUUUUCAUGGGGAAGAUGAGUUUUUGGCGAUCUAGGACAACAAGUUUCUGCAGGGUGAUUUCUGAUCAUAUAACAUAUAAAAAAUUAUGCAAUUCUCGUCGAUUCUUCGGAACGAUUUCGUGUUCUGGUGUAAAUGUGUGUACCAAGUUGAUCAAUAGUCAUGCGAAAAAUGGUAGGCUGAAAGAUGCACUCCACCUGUUUGAUGAAAUGCCUUUUAGAGAUACAAUUUCUUGGAAUUCAAUUGUUAAAGGGUGUCUAGAUUGUGGGAAUUUGACCAUGGCUAGGAAUCUUUUUGAUGAAAUGCCUGAGAGGAAUGUUGUUUCUUGGACGACGAUGAUUAGUGGGUAUAUGCGGUUUGGGAAGGUGGAGGUGGCUGAAGGGUUGUUUAAAGAAAUGUGUUUUAGGGAUGUUGCUGUUUGGAAUUCUAUGAUUUACGGGUAUUUUAGUAAUGGUAGAGUUUGUGAGGCGGUUAAGGUGUUUGAAGAGAUGCCCUGUAGGAAUAUUAUUUCGUGGACUUCAAUGAUUAGUGGGCUUGAUCAAAAUGGGAGAAGUGUUGAUGCAUUGAGAAUAUUUAAGAAGAUGGUUGGCUAUGGGAUCGAGCCUACAGCAAGUACGUUUCCUUGUCUGAUAACAGCUUGUGCCAAUUCAAUGGCUAUUGAACUUGGUACUCAGAUUCAUGCCCGCGUUGUUAAGCUGGGGUGUGUUGGUGAAGAGUUCAUAGCUUCUUCUUUUAUAACAUUCUAUGCAAAUUGUAAGCAGCCAGAAAAUUCUAGCAAGAUCUUUAAGGAAAAUGUGCAUGAUAGUGUAGUUGUGUGGACUUCCCUCUUAACGGGAUAUAGUUCGAAUUCAAAACACAGUGACGCAUUUGCAGUAUUCAACGAUAUGAUCAAAUUGGGUAUUAUCCCUAACGAGUCUUCUUUCACUAGUGUGUUAAAUUCUUGCUGUGCUCUCAUGUCUCUUGGUAAAGGACAAGUUGUCCAUGCAGAAGUUAUUAAGCUGGGAUUUGAGGUUUCUUCAUUUGUGGGGAACUCACUUGUGACAUUGUAUUCCAGAUGUGGGAGCAUUCUAGAUGCAAUAAAAGCAUUUGAAAGAAUAAAAGUGAAAAAUCUUGUAUCCUGGAACUCAAUUAUUGUUGGAAGUGCACAUCAUGGUUGUGCUAAUUGUGUGUUUACUUUGUUAGCACAAAUUCUACGUACUGGGGUAGAACCUGAUGAAAUUACUUUGACAGGGCUGCUUACUGCUGCUAGUCAUUCUGGAAUGUUUCUGAAAGGGAGACAGUUUUUCCACUUUUUUAGCAAGUAUACUUUGAUUAAAAUGAAUGUUCAGCAUUAUGCUUGCGUGGUGGAUAUCAUGUGCCGAUCUGGGGAACUAGAUGAAGCAGAAGACUUUAUCAAGAAUAUGCCAAUAAAAGCAAAUUCUCCGCUUCUGUUAAAUCUACUUACUGCAUGUCAAACACACUCUAAUAUUGAAAUAGCGGAAAGAGUGUCAAAGUACAUACUUGAUCUAGACCCACAUUGCAGUGCAGUUUACACGUUAUUAUCUAAUCUUUAUGCUUCAGCAGGAAGAUGGAGUGACGUUUCAAGAGUAAGAACGCAGAUGAAAAGGGGGAAAAUUGGAAAACAAGAAGGAUGGAGCUGGUUACAUCAACACGAAGAGCAGCCUGAUGUCCAAUCUGGAAACAUAUCCCAUCCUAUUGCAUAUCUUUGCUGAAAGAGCAUACCAUUGUAUGAAGGUUGGACAAAACUCAUUACUGCUCUGAUACAAAAAUCAGCUUGUUCAUAUUCUCCAAUUAGCCAGGCCAUUACAGCCCUAUGGUCAAACUUGAAAAAGUUCAAAUGUGCAUAAAGCAUUGUUGCUGAUUGAAAGCACUUGAGGCGCUAGCUACAGAUGGAAAAGGCAAGUGAGACCUGUUGAUUCACAUUUUGGCAGGUUUUAAGUAAGGAUAUAACUACAGAGUAGAGAUGUGUGAGAAUUCUUCAAGUCAGUCAGCCUGCCUGCCUGCUUGCUGUUGCUGCUGAAGCUACUUUUGAAGAGCUUGGAGUUCAUAAUCCAUUUCCUUUGCAUUUACUGUAUGUCAUCUUCUUCUUGUCAGAAUUAUUAAUUUCUGGAGUCUAUAUGAUAAAAUGAAUUUCCGGGGCUUCACCCAA